CUUGAUGCAGUUUGCGGUUUUUUUUUAGGACAGUCAGAAAUCUUGGGUGUUUAAGUGUAAAGAUAACUCGUUAAGCAAAGGUGCGUUAGCUUUUCAGUCCUCGUGCACGCAGCCAAAGUAACUUCAUUGCAAGUACCACUUACGUGUGAUUCAUUCAAAAUCUUGCGCUGAUCAGUUGAAUUUAAAGUAUUGCGACAACAGACACAAUGGGGAAAAAAAAGUACAGCUGCGGGCUCGGUAAGGCGAUCAACAAUGCCCAGAAAAAAGCCAGCGAAACCAACGCAGCCUUUCAUUUUCACGGAAAGCGGACCUUUCUUGAAGGCCAGGAGCACGGAGUGUCCUGCUUGGAAUCUUCCAACUUAGACGACUUUCUCGCGAAAGCGGAGCUGGCGAAUGCGGAAUUCGAAGCCAUUCGCGGACGCUUCUCCCUGGUGGAUAAAAACGUGGUCGCGCAGAGGGAAAAGCAGUUGGGUAUGGACAGGAAGCUCGCGGAGAUUCAAGGUAUCCGCUUUUCGCGCGCAUUUUAAUUUUUUUUCCGCUUUAUUGUUAUGGACUGUGGGUGGACUCCACCGCCAGCUUUAUUGUUAUGGACUGUAGGAUGAGAAAACUCGACAAUACAGAAAUCCAACGCUGAGAACAUUAUAUGCACUGUCUGGAUUAUUUUCAAUCGAUUGAGCUUUUUAACCCUGAAAACCCUUUGCUUCAUUCUUGCAAGUGCUCAGGGCGGUGUUGUUCAGAAUCACGAAAUCGAAAGUAAUUCUGGUAAAAAUACUAGUGCAAAACCAAAAAAAUCCGUGCUGAAUGUGAUGCAUUUGGUUUAAUUGGAAUGGAUGAAAUAAGUAAGCACAAGCAUUUCCUUUCCUACCGCACUACAGGUGUGAUCAUUCCUAUUCCUCGACGACCCAUGUGGUUCGAUAUGGAGACGGAAGUUGGGCAGGCGAUUGUGGAUGGCGAACAGUUGCAGAAAAAGGAGAACGAGUCUUUUCUGCAGUGGCGCAAAAAGUUGGCCCAAUUGGAGGAGGACUUCGGAUUCGUGAUGACGCCCUUCGAGCGGAACCUGGACUUUUGGCGGCAGUUGUGGCGGGUGUGCGAAAAAUCCGAUUUGGUCUGCACGAUUUGCGAUUGCCGAGACCCGCUGUUCUACCGUAGUCUGGACCUGGAAAAUUACGUCAAGGAAUUAGGCGGAGGAGAGCCGAAUGUAGUACAACCGGCACGACGAGGAGGACCAGCAUCCACCUCCGCCGCGGAUGCCUGCAGUGAUGAUGAGGAGCAGGAGGCGUCCGACUACAGCAGCGUGGCAGAAGAUGAUGAAGGUUCAUCUUGCGCAAAAACCAGCGAAAUGACCGACAAGGGCGAUCUCGCUCCUGUUUUGGAAAAUGAGGAGCAGGAUGAGCUGGCUGCGAUGAAUGCGCAAAUGCUGAGCUCCGUUGCGUUCGCGGCGACCGCGUCGGCAAUGCAGGCAAAGACGGACGCGAGAAUGAAGAGGACACCGAAGAAGACGCUGCUGAUUUUGAACAAGGCGGACUACAUGCCGGCGAACCUGCGGCAGCAGUGGCGGGAGUACUUCGCGCGGCAAAACGUGACGGUCGCCUUCUUCUCGGCCAAAUACGAGCUCGCGAAGCUGGGAAUCGAUCUUGACUUACCAACGGAAGUCAUCGCUCAGAAGGAGGCAGACGACCAGCACGAGGCCACGACCGGCAGCACUGCUGAUCAGGACCAUGGAACAUCAAAGAUCUCCGUCGCUGAACAUGCGGAACAAAACGGGGCAGCUUCAAAGAAAUCGCGAAGACGAGCGCACAAGGAGCCUGCUUUCGUGACCGCCGCGUCUGCUCAUCACGGAGCUGGCAACGUGAUGUCUCAAAAAAGCAAGAAGCCUCCCACAACCAAUGCCGCAGUCGUUGCAGAAAAAAUGGAGCUAGAAAUGGAAAAAACGCGGCGAAUGCGAAAAGGGCCGAAAAACACGCCGGCGGCAAUGGCAAUGCCCGCUGCGGACUACAUCAAAGUCUGUACUAGCGUACAGCAAAAACCGAAGUCCGUUUUUCUCAGCCUCGAGAGUCUUAGCACUGAAGACGAGGAAGAAACAAGCGAGACCGAGGAUCACGAUGAAACGGAGGGCAAAGAUAAUGGUGCGGGUUCUACUUCGGUGAGGACAUCGAAUAAAACGUCAGGCGGCACGGGGACACCAGAUCAACAAAACAUCGCUUGCGACCCAAGAGGAGGGACCUUCACUGAGGUGGAACAAGUCGUUGAGAGCAGAGAAAGUGGCUUGACUCAUUUUCACACAAUGCCUGUAGCACAGCCCGCUGAACAGCAAGAAGCUGCACAACCACGACCUGCGGAACAUCAAAUUGAGUCCUCGGACGUCGACCACAACAGUGGCGACGGCACCGACAUUUUGGAUUGCGAGGGCUUGAUGCGAUUCCUGGUUUCCCAGCUGCCACCGGAGACGCAGGCUGCCAAACCCGUCGUGGGGUUUUGCGGGUACCCGAACGUCGGGAAGUCUUCCAUCAUCAACGCGCUGUUCGGGACGAAGAAGGUUUCCAUGUCCCGGCAGCCGGGCAAGACGAAGCAUUUUCAAACCCUGGAGGGGGAGCAGUUCACGCUGUGUGACUGCCCGGGGCUGGUGUUUCCCUCCAUCGUCGCCACGAAAGCGCAUUUGGUCAUCAACUCGGUGAUGCCCAUCGACCAGCUGCGGUCGGAGUACCUGAAGCCGAUCGAGCUGAUUGUGGAAAAAGUGGGCACCAGAAAGCUGUACGAGAUGUACAAGUGCGCGCCCCUGAAGAUUCCGGGCACCGCGCAAUCGGAGUCCAUGCGCUUUUUGGCGUCCUUCGCCACCGCACGGAAGCACUUUUUGCGGGACCUGGUGCCCGACACCACUUGGGCGGCGCAGCGGUUGUUGAAGGACUUCACCACCGGAGUACUGCUGCACUGUGAACCGCCGCCGGGAGGAGCAGCUUCUAUUUCUUCCGCCCUCGAGGGAGGUGCUGCGGGCGGGGAGCAACAGGGCCACUUUGAGGGCGAGACGACCACAGACGAAGAACCGGCGGAAAGGAAUGCAGAAAAAAGGAACAAAGUGGAGACGCUGCUCCCGCCGGAUUCCGAGGAGGAGGAAGAUGAGACACACGACGCACAGCAAGAGCUCGCCUGCAUCGCGGAGGAGGAGAGCGCUGUUGAACAAGGGACUGUAUCAAGAAAUCGGGAAAAUUAUGCCCAAAAUGAUACUCCUUCACACAACGUAGCUGCGUACGACGCAUGGGAGGACUGGAAUCCGGCGUCUCUGGCGGAAAUGCUGGGUCAUCGACCGGCACCGCCACGAACCAAACGACAGCAGCGACGGGAUGCCAAGAUGUCUCAAAAGAGUGGACAGAAAAAGCGCAACGAGGUGUUUGGAAUAACGGCGGAAUACUAGUUAGUAACAACCGGAAUCACUUCUGCUCUUGGGGGUUGCUGUGCCAAUGCAGUUCGCUUCGGCGUUCUGAGUACUAAGCAGAUGGUGAAGAUGUUGUCCUAUCGCGUUUUCAUCAUGUUCAUGCAAACAAGUACGAAAGAAAGUUGCAU